AUGGCCCCCCCGCGUCGCAGAGUGCUAGCCACAGCUGAAGAAACCCUCACACCCCCAGACUCCCUAGCCCGCAACCAGCAGAUCGCGCGCGCGAUCAAGGCAACCGGAAACAACAUCUACCUAGUCGAGCAGCCCUGCAAAACACAGUGUCUCGUGGAGCUGCCCGCGCGCUUCCGGUCAACCUUCUGGAUCAAACGCGGCUCGUACGUUGUGAUCGAUACCACGGCGCAGGAUGAGCGCGAUAACAAGAUUGGCGGGGAGAUUGUGAAUAUCGUGCGCGAUGAGAAGGCGUGGCGGAAGGCGGCGUUUUGGCCAAAGGAGUUCGUGAAGCAGCCCGUCGUCGCUGCAAUUGACUCGGACGAUGAAGAUGAAUCGCGAGUCGGCCAGAUGCCGCCCUCUGACGACGAAUCGGAUGCGUGA